AGCAGCGCACCCACCUUCCACACUCACUCGCAUUUCUCAUUUUCUUACUCCAAAUUACAUCGCCGAGGCUUGUCGGCGCGGAGCUAAAAACACACCAAAAAACUAAAAAAAAAAAAAAAAAAAACACACCGGAGAGAAAUUAGUUUGAAGUGCAACGCCGCAGUGAGGCAAGCGACCCGACCACAUAUCCAACAUGGAGUCCCCGCCUGAGCCAGCGAGCGACCCGGGCAACAGCGCCUCGGAGCCGGCUACCCCGGUGAGGGAAACCCCGGUAAGCCUGGAGACGCUCCGGAAAGCAGACCAUCCGGCCCCGGUUCGAAGGCAGACCUGCUCGAGCACCAAUAGAGGUAUUUCUGUAACAAAGAAGACACACACCUCUCAAAUCGAAAUAAUUCCCUGCAAGAUCUGUGGAGACAAAUCAUCAGGCAUCCAUUACGGUGUGAUAACAUGUGAAGGCUGUAAGGGCUUCUUCAGGAGGAGUCAGCAGAGCAAUGCGGCCUACUCCUGCCCCCGCCAGAAGAACUGCCUGAUCGACCGCACCAGCCGCAACCGCUGCCAGCACUGCCGGCUGCAGAAGUGCCUGGCGGUGGGCAUGUCACGGGAUGCGGUGAAGUUUGGCCGCAUGUCCAAAAAGCAGCGAGACAGCCUCUACGCCGAGGUCCAGAAGCAUCGGCUCCAGCAGCAGCAGCGGGACCACCAGCAGCAGCCCGGGGAGGCGGAGCCGCUCACACCCAGCUACGGCCUCUCGGCCAACGGCCUGACGGAGCUCCACGACGACCUCAGCGGCUACAUGGACGGCCACACCCCCGACGGCACCAAGCCCGACUCGGCCGUCAGCAGCUUCUACCUAGACAUCCAGCCCUCCCCGGACCAGUCCGGCCUGGACAUCAACGGCAUCAAGCCCGAGCCCAUUUGCGACUUUGCCCCCGGCUCGGGCUUCUUCCCCUACUGCUCCUUCACCAACGGAGAGACUUCCCCCACCGUGUCCAUGGCAGAACUCGAGCACUUGGCCCAAAAUAUCUCCAAAUCACACAUGGAGACAUGUCAGUACCUGAGAGAGGAGCUGCAGCAGAUGACCUGGCAGGCCUUCCUGCAGGAGGAGGUGGAGAGUUACCAGAACAAGCCGCGGGAAGUCAUGUGGCAGCUGUGUGCUAUCAAAAUAACGGAGGCCAUUCAGUAUGUGGUGGAGUUCGCCAAGCGCAUCGAUGGCUUCAUGGAGCUGUGUCAGAAUGAUCAGAUAGUGUUGCUGAAAGCAGGCUCUUUGGAAGUGGUGUUUGUCAGAAUGUGUCGUGCCUUUGACUCGCAAAACAACACGGUCUAUUUUGACGGAAAGUACGCCGGGCCGGAUGUGUUCAAGUCAUUAGGUUGUGACGACUUGAUCAGCUCCGUCUUCGAGUUUGGGAAAAACUUGUGUUCUAUGCACCUGUCUGAGGAUGAGAUCGCCCUGUUCUCCGCCUUUGUGUUGAUGUCUGCUGAUCGGUCCUGGCUUCAGGAGAAAGUCAAGGUGGAGAAACUCCAGCAGAAGAUCCAGUUGGCGCUCCAGCACGUCCUGCAGAAGAACCACAGAGAGGACGGCAUUCUUACAAAGUUGAUAUGCAAAGUGUCGACACUGCGGGCGCUGUGCAGUAGGCAUACAGAGAAGCUGACGGCGUUCAAAGCAAUAUACCCAGACAUUGUGCGCGCCCACUUCCCCCCCUUGUAUAAGGAGCUGUUUGGAUCAGACUUUGAGCAGUCCAUGCCCGUUGACGGGUAGCCACGCCCGCCAGGUGCCACGCCGUAUGGGGGGAACGUGGAGGAGGAAUCUUGAGACACUUUAUAUGGGUGCCCUGCACGGACCAGGUCGGACAAGGAUGGCACGCGGCUCGACGUCUUCUUUCCAGAGUCGUGCCAAGGGGGGGGGGGGAGUCGAUUCACCAGGUGAACUUUUUUUGGAGCCAACACAAGUUGAGAACUAUUUUCACCCCGGCUGAACUUUGACCAUUUUGUGCGCAUUGAUAGAUGCGGGAGGAAGGGAUUCAUAUGGCCCCUAGUUCUAGGUGUGAGAUGCAUUUCGCAAUGCAGUCUGCAGAAAAUGACGGAAAGCGCCACGACAUAGCAACUGUGGUCAAAGUUGGGAUUUGCAUAUUAUAUAACACACCCUGCUUCAAUUCAGCUCUUUAAAUUAGUACCGUAUUUUUCGGAGUAUAAGUCGCACCGGCCGAAAAUGCAUAAUAAAGAAGGAAAAAAACAUAUAUAAGUCGCACUGGAGUAUAAGUCGCAUUUUUUGGGGGUAAAUUUAUUUGAUAAAAGCCAACACCAAGAAUAGACAUUUGAAAGGCAAUUUAAAAUAAAUAAAGAACAGUGAACAACAGGCUGAAUAAGUGUACGUUAUAUGAGGCAUAAAUAACCAACUGGUAUGUUAACGUAACAUAUUAUGGUAAGAGUCAUUCAAAUAACUAUAACAUAUAGAACAUGCUAUACGUUUACCAAACAAUCUGUCACUCCUAAUCGCUAAAUCCCAUGAAAUCUUAUACGUCUAGUCUCUUACGUGAAUGAGAUCAAUAAUAUUAUUUGAUAUUUUACGCUAAUGUGUUAAUCAUUUCACACAUAAGUCGUUCCUGAGUAUAAGUCGCACCCCCCGGCCAAACUAUGAAAAAAACUGCGACUUAUAGUCCGAAAAAUACGGUAUAUGCAAUAUGUACAUAUAGCUAGCCUAAAUAGCUUGUUUGCAUUUAUUAGCUUGCAGUCAUGCACUGUCCAAACAUGCCUGAUUAGCACUCCAACAAGUCAAUAACAUCAACAAAACACCCUUUUUUUUGUAUUCACACACAGUAUAAAACAUUUGGUAGACAAAAUGAGACAAAGAAGGAGUGGAAGAUUUCACAUGUAAACAAACUGUUGCGUCACACUCCACACAAUGGUGAGUUCAAGAACCGCCGAAAUCACCGUAUUUUUCGGAGUAUAAGUCGCUCCGGAGUAUAAGUCGCACCGGCCGAAAAUGCAUAAUAAAGAAGGAAAAAAACAUAUAUAAGUCGCACUGGAGUAUAAGUCGCAUUUUUGGGGGGAAAUGUAUUUCAUAAAAGCCAACACCAAGAAUAGACAUUUGAAAGGCAAUUUAAAAUAGAUAAAGAAUAGUGAACAACAGGCUGAAUAAGUGUACGUUAUAUGAGGCAUAAAUAACCAACUGGUAUGUUAACGUAACAUAUUAUGGUAAGAGUCAUUCAAAUAACUAUAACAUAUAGAACAUGCUAUACGUUUACCAAACAAUCUGUCACUCCUAAUCGCUAAAUCCCAUGAAAUCUUAUACGUCUAGUCCAGUGGUUCUUAACCUUGUCGGAGGUACCGAACCCCACCAGUUUCAUAUGCACAUUCACCGAACCCUUCUUUAGUGAAAAAUUUAAAAACAUUUUUUUUUGUCGAAUUCAAGACAAAGUUAUAUGUUUUUGGUAACACUUUAGUAUGGGGAACAUAUUCUAAGUAACAAAGAUUUAAUUUAGAGUUUUUUGGACACUAGGGGAACAUAUUCCAAGUAACAAAGACUUCAUUUAUGUCAUGACUUGGUCCUGGGUGUUUGCUUUUCCGGGAUGCAACGGAAAGUUGGCUCGGGCGAGACGGGAAUGUAAGUACAUUUUUAUUUAAACACUAUAACUACAAAAAAAGGAAGUAAACAAAAGGCGCGCACAAUGGCGGAGAACAAACUAUGAAACCAAAAAGACUAUAAACAUGGAACAAAAACUUACUUUGGCAUGGGACAUGAAGCAGGAUCUAAGAGGAUGAAGAGUGUGUAGAGCGUAAUUGUGGGAUGUCACCAGAAAGACAAACUGAAAACUAUGAACUUAAAUACUACAGACAUGAUUAACGAAAACAGGUGCGUGACUCAAAACGUGAAACAGGUGCGUGACGUGACAGGUGAAAACUAACGGGUUGCUAUGGUGACAAACAAGAGUGCACAAUGAGUCCAAACGUGGAACAGGUGAAACUAAUGGGUAAUCAUGGAAACAAGACAAGGGAGUGAAAAGCCAGAAACUAAAGAGUCCAAUAACUAAACAAAACAUGACUAAAACAAAACAUGAUUACACAGACAUGACAAUUUAGAGUUAUUUGGUUAGGUUUGGUUUACCAUGAAUUGAUUUACGUGGACCCGGACUUAAACAAGUUGAAAAACGUAUUCAGGUGUUACCAUUUAGUGGUCAGUUGUACAGAAUAUGUACUGUACUGUGCAAUCUACUAAUAAAACCAAUCAGGGUUAGGGUUAGAGGG